AUGGUGACAGAAGUGUCGUCAGAGAGGCCCAUUCGCGUCAUCGUGCAAGCUGGCGUUUCAGUAGCUGUGGCUGAUGAUAAUGGUGAGACGUCUCUAAGGGACGGCAGACCAGGGACCUUGUCGUUGAUCGGUUCUGAGUUUGCGCGAGUGUGGUGGCAUGUGUUCCGCAGUUUUGUGACGCCCAUCGUCUUUUUUGAGUUUCGGUCGGAAGUGCUAGAGGCGAUCAAGGACUGGAUAACGUCUGGAGGAGGAGCCCAGGACUGUCUCGAUGAUGUUCAGCUAUUUGAAGCUGUGCGGUCCUUCCUGGACAGUCCAUUAGAUCGCUCUUCUUUUGAUACUCCAACUACGGUCGAAAAUGACGUCGGCCAAGCUUGGGACGCUCUGGACAGCGCUCGUCAAAUCACACAUACAGCGUUUACCACGCAGACUCAACGCCCUCCGUCUGUCUUCUUAGCUACUGCCCGACCGCUGAAGUCGACUCCUCGGGUGGCGAUCCUUUGUGCUGAUGAGCUCGUCGAGAAUUUAAAACGCUAUGGGUGCUGCGGCGUUGAGUAUAUAAGCGAGGAGGACCUCUUCAUCACCGCUGAUCUGUUAGAGGUGCAAAGCGCAGAUCGUACUGGGUGGUUUUCAGCUCGGGAAGUGCCAUCGACAGAUGACAUCGACAUCCAGUCCAUGACACUAUCUAUCGUCUCCUACCGCCUAGCAUCCGCAGCUGUAUCCGUGCCUUUAACAUCCUUCGGAAAUGGGACGAUUUCGAAGCUCGUCGCACCGAAAUUGGGAAUCAGACUACGGCAGGCAAGAAUGGACCUUUUCCUUCGAGCCAUCGAGAUUGCCCGUCUAAGGAGCAUGGACAGUGGUUUUGCAUCCUUCGGGUGUGGGGACCGACCUUGUGUCCGGUCUUUCGUCGAAGCUGUCCUAACUUCGGCCAUUGUUAGUUCAGAGAGCCGUAUGCAUCAUCGUCCAUGGCAAAAUAUUGCGAAUCUUCGGGGGGUUCAGUGCGAUAGCCUUGUAGGGCUUCUCUCAAGACCGGCUAUACCCAAAAAAUCAUACGGAGAUGUCCUCGCUAUCGACGUUAGUUGGAUUUUGGAGCGUAUACUCGAAUUGGUGAGUAUACCAAAUGUGGUUAUGACGUCGGGCGAGAACGAUCAGUGCAUCAUCAACUUGGAUAAACGCAGGCACCUUUGCAAUCUCAUUUUGACUACUCCAUCGCUCUCGAAGAGGAGCCGUCCCCGCGAAGAGGUCGACCGGAAAGACUUUGAACGGUUGAACAACAUCGAGAGAGAGAUGAACUUGAUCUCGCUCGACCACCGGAGUAUCAGAGACGAUGCCCAGCGGGAGGCCCUGCAAGCUCAAUGCAAUGGUUCGGCAUCUGUCAAGAAGACCGUACGCCCGUUCCAGAGGCUAGUUGCGGCGCAACAAGAGAAGUGCAAGCGAGACAAGUAUCUCCAUGACCGGCUCAGCAAGGACAAAAAGCAGGAGCAAUUGCGCAAUGAGCGGAGAGAUGAUCAAAUUAACAAGGCCAUGCGGUCACGCAAGCCGAUGACUCAGGUUCAGAAGCAACACACGGAUGAAGAAGAGCUACUCCUCAGCCGAUCGCCCGCUGAAUUGGACUUCUCGCCCUCUGGUAAACCUUCUUUGGUUCUUUCAGUCGUUGACGCUCGAGUUGCCCAAUUUAUCAAUAACGAGAGGUCGUUCACAUUCCAGCUGGACACCGAAGACGGCGGACAUUAUUUACUGCAGGCUAUUUCUAAACAAGAGAUGGUACGAUGGAUCGAGCAAAUCAAUCGUGUUGCGAAACUUGCUGCUAAACGCCGCUUGACGUAUCUUGGAAAUUCACCAAAGCCGCAACUUGCAGACCAUAUCCAUGACCAUCCAUCAGCUACCACAGCUUCGCGGGAUCCUAGAGCUGUCUUUGCUGUCGAACUGGAGUUCCUCCUCCAGCGUGAAGCUAAUGGAGCGCAGCCCGAGAUUGGCUCGCUCCCGUCGGUUAUUCUGACUUGCCUGUCUGAAGUCGAGUAUCGUGGCCUUGAUGAAGUUGGCAUCUAUCGUGUUGCUGGUGCUACUUCUGAAGUUAACGCUCUCCGCGACGCCUUCAACAGAGGCGAGUGGCCUAUUACCCCCGACAGUGAUAUCCAUGCCGUAUGCGACUUGAUCAAGUCAUGGUUCAGGUUACUCCCCGAGCCUGUCUUCCCAUCGUCGUCCUAUUUCAAUGUUAUUGAGGCAAUGAAGCUCGAGAAUCUUAAUUCGCGGCUUGCAUGUAUCCGAAGUGUCGUGCACGGGCUUCCUCAGGCAAACUUUGACCUUUUGAAGAGGAUUGCCGAACAUCUCGAUAGAGUAACCGACUACGAGGAACACAACCAAAUGACAGCUGAAGCCCUUGCAAUCGUUUUCAGCCCCAACCUCCUUCGUGCACCGCAGAAUGACUUUGCCCUGAUCUUGUCGAACAUGGGACAUACCCACAAACUCGUGAAAGCCCUAAUCACUCAUUUCCAUGUAAUCUUUGAUGAUGAGCUUGAAGCCGACCAUGACGUAGAAGAGGAUGAAAUGGAGGAGCCUAUCCUCGAGGAGGACGAAGAAGAGGAGAUAGACUCUCCAGCUGCAGGCGAUGAGUCAUAG